CAGUAUGCACGCAAAGUGCAUUACGAGUAGCUCGGUUUUAUACAAGUUAAAACGCUUCUUUUGAGUGUCUACUUGAAAGAACACUGCAAAGUAGUGUCCACGCCUACAUUCUUUUAUUAUUCAUGUAUUUUUUUUUUUUAUAAUCUUGGAUCAUAGUGAUCUAAACUAAUGUCUCAUUUCCUUUUUGAUACCAAAUUUGUAGAAAAAAUAAAUAUAUCCACAUCGAUGGAUCAUCGAAGAUCUUGUUACCAGAGACUGGAUCGUGAUCGUCAUUGUUACCGCUAUAGUGAAUCAUUCCUAACCUGACUGUGAUAGCCUCAUCACCGAGUUUACUGCCGUCGCGGUAGAGUAGUCAGUAGACUGUAUAGACCAGUCUGCCUCCGGCCGCGACGACGAGCGCCGCGACGCCACGCUCUUGUUUAUACCGCGAAAACAAACCAUACGCUAUUAUCUUCGCGAUAAGACGCGCUAUCAGUCUGUGAUAACAGUGAUAACAGAUAAAAAACGAAGUGGUCGACGCCAGUUUUCGCGUACCUCCCUAUUAUGUAAAACUCUGGAAGGAUUUAGUGUAUUGUGGUGCAAUUAUGACGACGAUGGCGGGGCCUCGAAAGACGAUCUCCAUUCACGACUACCCGGAGCAUCUGAACCCGUUCCGGGAAGAGGACAAUCACAAUAAGAUCAGGUUCUGGACAAUUGGUCGGAAGUUGAGCAGAUCGAAUAGCAUUACGUUUUCUGGAAUCAAGGACCUCAGGAACUCGUGGUCUUUGCGAUCGUUUAUGAGAAAAGGCAAGAAAGGCGAGCAGACAUCGUCACAGAGCAGUAAACCCACUAACCACGUGAAUGGAGACGCCAGUCCAAUCGUAUACAGGAGAGCUUUGCAAUACUCAUCAGGCGGCGCGGGCGUACGCAGCACGGUGGGGUCGCCGGAGCGCGCGGACCGCUACGUGUACGGCGGCUCCGUCACACCGCUGCCGCGCUCCCGUUUCCAGGAGCGCCUGCGCAGCUCGCAUGACGUCAACUCGCCGAGCGCAACACCACGUAUGGCGCGAAGCGACAUCACUGGCUCUCGGCUAAGCAUUGAAAGUACGAAUCCCUUUGAAGAAGCCCCAAUACCGCCAGUGCGAGCCUCACGCCGCAAGAAAAAGCGAGCCCCUGCUCCUCCGUCCACAUCUAACGCAGAUGAUUCGGUUACUGAAAACUUGGAACUACGCAUAACGGAAAGCGAAAACACUACGAACCCUAGCACAGCUGUAGAUGACGACGUUGAAGAGUUGAACCUUAAGGUGGAACUUAAAAUAAUUGAAGACGAAGAAAAACCUAAAGUGGAUCAAAAUAUGAAUAACGAUACUGAACUAUCUGUUGAAAUUGUUGACGAUAAUAUAAAGACACCCGAUGCUGAAAGUGAAGUUACCAAAGAAACUAUUGUUAUAGAGUCAAAUGAUAAGGAGGAAGUAAAAGAAACCAACACUGUUGCCGAAAUCGAAGACUCCACACAAAUAUCUUUUUCAAAAGUAGACAUUACAAAAUACAGACGAAACUCGAGCGUGAAUGAGGAUGAAAUUAAACUGCGUCGAGGUAAUUUAGAAGAUUUCCACUCGUUAGCGCCAAACAAAAGGAGCAAAAGUUUAUCACACACAUUAGAUGGCAGUUACGUGGCUUACCAAAUAAACUUGAACGAAGGUAAAAAUGUUGACAUCAACAGCAACGAAGAACCUCAGAGAGUCGUUUGUAAAGUUUACGAAGACGACUCAAGGAAAAAGAGUGUCGAUAAUUCUAUUUCGAGUACAGAGAAAGAAUUUUUAGAAAUCGAUAAAGCCACGAGGGAACUUGAAAGAGAAAUAAGCAAGCUUAACACUGCAUUAAUUGAAGAUGAUUUAACAUUUGAAAGCACUCGCCUUUCAGUGUCAGAAAUACGGCAAAAGUUCGACAGAGCUGAUAAUAAUUCACCAAAUCCCAUACCAAAGCCUAGAAGGAGUCACCAUGGUGAAUCGAAUUCACCUGCUAAUGGUAAUGUUCCAGCGUGAUUUUAAGGUGAAAUUCCCAAAAGCAAUAUUUAUAAUAAAAUAUAUAAUAAAUUAACACAUAACUAUUAACUAUACAAACUAAAUCAUGCUUAAAUUUUCGCAUACAUUGUAGUUCUAAAAAGUAGGUAUUUGGAUCUCAGAAUUUCAUUUUAGUAAAUUAAGCUAUCUAUAAAAAGGAAACAUUUAAUGAAAUGGCAUUUAGGCAUUAGAAAAGUUGAAUAGAGUCAUUAUAUGUUAUAUAAUAUCAUUACGGUUUUAUCGAUCUUUAAAAUACGUAAAAUCAUUAGUUACCUAGAUACUCUAGGAAUCUUUUUGCCAUAAUACCAAUUUAGAGAUAUUUUUUUAUUUAGGGAAAAAUAUUAUGUGAUAUAUACUUGCAUCAGCUUUUAAUUUUAAUUGAUAACAUGGGAUCAAAAUCAUAAUAAUUUUAUAAUGUACAUAAUUAUAUAAACAAUGUAGGAUUUGUAGACGCUUGAAUUAUUAGUCAAAUCAAAGUAAUAUAUUUCGCAAUAAAGUUAUUAUUUAAUUAUUUUUCAUUUAAUGUUGGUACUUGUUUUUCGAUGAAGAUGAUCACAUUAUACAAAAGCAAUUAUAGAUUCGUUUUAUAUACAGAUAUAUAAUAUACAUAUAAGAAGCAAUUGAAAACUUUGAAUUUUUCAAAUGAAAUAUUUUUAAUGUGUCCAGGCUGAGCUAACAUUCCGUCGAUCGAAAAUUGUAAAAAUAUGGUAUUAUACCAACAUUCAUAAUUAUGUUGCAUCACAUAAAAAUGUUUAAAUUCGUCUAGCACGUUAAUUGCAUUACAAGUGAAGUGAGUUUGUAUGUAAUUAAGAAGAAUUACAAGUAAACCAAAGUUGUGAACAAGGUUUUUUAGUUACUGUUAACAAUUUGUGAUGGCUAGACCUAAAUAUAUAAAACUGUAGGUUUGUCAGCUCAUGCUUCUACCAUGGGUAUGUACUGUAGACAACCAUGGUGCCUUUGGGAGCUAGGAGAUUCAAGAUUCUGGUUUAAAGCUACAGACUAUUUUUUAUCUUGUUUAUUCUACAAGCUGUUGUAAAAAUUUUCAAUCAUUUUGACUUUCUUUAUAAAUUGUGAUUUAAAAAAUGAAAAAUUCACUUAAAAGUUAACAUUUUAGCAUUAUCCAAAGUGUCCUUACUACCAUAGGUACUAAAAUGUGACAAAUCGUGUGCAAUGUACAAGUUUCCUAUUUAUAAAUUAGAUUAUUAUUAGUUUGGGAUGUUUAUUAUAUUGUUUACUUUGUUAAUAAUAAUUAAAUUAUUAUUUCAUUA